UCGGUCCAUCUUCAACCUCUCUCUCUCUUUCCCUAAUCCAAAAGUCUGGUGUUUUUUCAUCAAUAAUAGCCAUGUCGUUUUUUCUUACAGAAACCUCUGCUUCUUCAUCUUCAACAAUGGCGGAACAUCUAAAACUAAGGAGGCCAACCAGAAGCCAAACCAGUCCAGACCCAGUGUCGGAAAUCCCAUCACUAAUGCAGUCCACUCGUUCUAAAUCUGUCGUUUCCUCUCUGUUCCUCCCCACCGACAAUGAAACAACCAAGAAGAAAUCCAACCCUUUUAGCCAGUCCACUCUCAGAGGACUUGGCUGCACUGCAUCUGCAUCGCAGCAGGUGUCGGUGCCUGCCUUGAUACGCUCAUCGGCAGAUUGGGAAGCUAAGAAAGUAAAGAAGAAAAAGAAGAAAAGCAGUAAACGUGUUGGUAACGAGAGCAACAAGGUGCACCACCGUCAGCUAGGUGUGGUUUUGAAUGAAGGGAGUGGCUAUAACAUGAGUUGUGGGGUGAUUCAGGAUGUUUGGUGCGGGCCUGGAAUUGGGUUGUCAGCUGAUGCUGUUGGCUCUGUGGAUCGUGUUGUGGCAAGGAGAAAUGUACCUGCCAGAGGGAAGAUUGACCUUGAAAAGCUCAACCACAGGGAGCCUUCUUGCACAGCAAGGCGGACUGUAAAUCCCGAAACACUUUCCUUUCUUGAUUCUGAUUCGGCCUUCAUCUCGUCGCUUCCUAAACCCGAUUUCUUUGGAGGUAGAUCCUAUCACCAUGCUCGACAUCCUUCUCCGGAGGGGCUUGCUGAGAUGAUGAUGCUACAGAACAACUUGAUAAUGGGGGCACGUGAUCGAUUCAGUGAGUGGAGGCUUGAUAUCGAUAGCAUGUCGUAUGAGCAACUACUGGAGCUCGGUGACAAAAUCGGUUAUGUCAACACGGGAUUGAAAGAAGACGAGAUGAGCAGAUGCCUGAGAAAGAUGAAGGGGUCGAUUAUGGGAAACAAGUGCAUCAUUUGCCAGGAGGAAGACGAUGAAGAGAUGGGAAAGCUAUGUUGUGGACACAGUUUCCACAUUGAAUGUAUAAAGCAGUGGUUGGUGCAUAAAAAUACAUGCCCUGUUUGUAAGACCGAAGCAACGCCUAGAUGCUAAGCUGUGGAUUUUGUGAU